AUGGCGUCAGUCCCGGGAUACUCUACAGCGGGCAGAGCCACAUCAUUCGAUGGCACCACGUCCGUUAACUCGGAUGAAAACGCUAUCCCUCAAGGGAGCAUCUCACCUCCGAAUGAGUCAAUGGAGGACACCGAAACAGUUUUCUUAAACAAGAGCGUACCAACCCCGAGCCACGGAUCGGAUAUUUCCAGCAAAUCACUCAGUCAAUCAUCAAAACCCUCCCAGGCCUCGGACGAAGACGAGCCGCGCAAAUGCUGGAUUUGCUAUACAGAUGAAACAGAGGACUCGCCACUGAAUCUUGAAUGGCGGUCGCCGUGCCCUUGUGCCCUAACGGCCCACGAGGCAUGUCUGCUCGACUGGCUUGCCGACAUGGAGAAUCCCCGGUCGCGCAAAAGCAACGGUGGCGUCACAAUGCAGUGUCCCCAGUGCAAGACCGAAAUCGUGGUUACACGCCCGCGGAGCUAUGUGGUCGACAUGAUGCGACUGGCCGAGCGCCUAGCAGGCCGAUUGGUCCUUCCCGGCAUGAUGUUUACAGUGGCUGGCACUGUGUGGGCUGGAUGCUGUGCGCAUGGAGUUUAUUCGAUGUACCUCAUUUUCGGAACCGAUGAAGCCAGACAGAUCAUGGAGGAGACUAUGGAGGGCCCAUGGAAUCCCGGGAUGAACAUCGGGCUGCCGCUUAUCCCACUUGUCUUAAUAUUCUCACGCACUCGAUAUGCCGAGGGCCUUCUCCCGGCUAUACCGGUUCUUUUCUUCGCUGCACACAACCCGGGGCAGGAACCCGACUUCGACUUGUGGCCACCCACACCGGCUAUGACGUUUGCUGCGCUGCCAUAUAUCAAAAGCUUUUAUGGGGCACUUUACGAACGGCUAUUCGGUGGUCUGGAACGGAAAUGGAUUGCCGAAGUACAACCUCGCGCAGCAGAAGAGAUCUUAGAUGAUGCGCAACAACAAGAUCAGGCGGAGGGUCUCAACCGGUUUGGUGAUAAUGCGAAUGGACAAAUUCUGAUGGAGAUCGAUCUUGAGCUACAAAUGGGUAUCGGCGAUGAAGAUGAGCCGGGCCUUGAAGCUCUUCCCAACGGGCAAGCUGAAGAUGCCGAUGGUGUCCCUAACGGACCACGAGAUGCUGGGCAAAACAACAAUCCACUAGGUAUUGGGCGUCGACAGAAUGAGAUUAUUGCCGAUACCAGCAAUCUGGCUGACGUUGUGCUCGGAGCACUUGUCUUCCCCGCAAUCUCUGCGUCAAUGGGUGGCCUGUUGAAGUAUCUUCUCCCUAAGUCAUGGACAUCCUCAACCGUGGACCGUGGCCGCUUAGGACUACUUCAGACCCGCUGGGGUCGUAGUGUUGUUGGUGGGUGCAUGUUUGUUCUAUUGAAAGAUGCACUGGUUCUCUACUGCCGGUGGAAGUUGGCCCAAACACACCGUCGCCGCAAGGUCUUGAACUACGAUCGAACUAAGAAACGUCACACCACAAAGCGGUCCACCGGGUAG